AUGAUGGCAUUGGAACGGCAGAGCAAGAAACGUUCGACAGAAGCACUAGAGCUGCCGCAGAAGACACGGUAUAUUUUAUCGAUAGCUGCGUGCCGUCCUACACAGGCCACUGCUGAAGAUUACUUUUCUGACGAUAGCUUCGAAGUUCGUUCCGUGUCACCCAUGUCACCAAUGGCCAAUGUCGGGACCAAACGCUCAGAUUCUGACAAUAAGGCUUUGGUGGGCUCACACGCAGAUUACGGCAGUAUUCGGGGUUUGCAACCGGCAAAUAGCAUGGACAAUAGAGGCUCUUCUGUAGCCGCACUUGUUCCACGCCCAACGUACUGGGAGAGGUACCAACUUGGUCUUCGAGAAGACAAAUUUGGUACUCCGGAAGGGGUCGCUACGGAUAAAGAAACGUUUGGAAAGCUGAUAAGGGCACCGAGCGAGCCGACUCAGUCAAGUUCAUAUGAAGACCGAUGUCACCGAAGGCGUCGCAAGUGUGAGAAUAGCGAGCGAUCAGAGAGUCGUACUGAGCUGGAGUCUGCCGCACAUCGGAAGCAACAACGCUCAGACAAAGAGAAGUACAAACUGAAGUCAAGGGUCACAUCAAGUCGUUCGGGCUGUAAUAAUGUGGCAGAUUGGCCUGAAAGGAUAUCAGUUUCUCCCGCUGUAACAUCGAUCGGAUCCGAACCCGCAAACACAAAUUCGGCCAGCAAGAGAAGACGAACUGAAGUUGCGAUCAGCGAUGGGAGUGUGCGCAAGGAGCAAAGAGACAUCGUGGAUGUAUUGCUUGAGCAGUGGACCAUGCCGAUGAGCAAAUAGUUGUCCUCCUUGACCUUUGGUAGUCGUUGCUGCUCCGAAUAUCAUGUCACCAGGCUGAGUCUGCGUCUCACAUUGCUUGAGGCUUUGGCUGCCGCUAAUUGACGUGCUUGAUAUGCUGGCUGUACGAGCUGCCUCAAAAAUGUUACCCAGACGUACGAUAGAAAACGGACUCAUAUAUUGCGAUAGCAGCUACAUCUGUUAUUUGAGGCCUGUAAAGUGCAGACUGUGUGCUUGCUAUGAACGCGCCUCAAUUGUGCGCUAGACCGCACUAGCGUCAUUUGCCAGCGGACCUCAGGGACAGAAUAGCACCCUCAUGCAU